UAACGGGCCAAUAUAAUAGCUAUAUAUGUAUCCAAGUCUAGCUCUGUUAGAAGAAACUAAGGCAUACAAUUAUGAGGUAUAGUUGGCAAAGGAAACCCAAGAUCACUAAUUCUUCCAACUCUACGAUGGAGUUGAUAGUUCAUAUGGACUGUGGUGGUUGCGAGAGCAAGAUAAAGAAGGCUCUUCAAAACCUAGAAGGAGUGGAUGAAGUUGAUGUGGACAUGAACUUGCAAAAGGUGACAGUAAUGGGAUGGGCUGACCAAGACAAGAUUUUGAAGACAGUGAGAAGAACUGGAAGAAAGGCUGAGAUGUGGCCGUACAGCCCUGAGUAUCAACACAACGCCACCGUAGUCCAGCAGUACUAUCAGCAACAGCAUCAUCAGGCGGGUAACGAUAGUGAAGCAAUAACCUUGUAUGAUUCAAUAUUCCCGAUUGUGCCCUCCAAUCAGUUCUUUCAGAAUGUUCAUGAUUUUGGCUACUAUUCCAAUUAUCAACAACAGAUGAACAGUACCAUCGUUGAUGACCAGGCCACCUCCAUGUUCAGUGAUGACAACCCUCACGCUUGUUCCAUAAUGUAGUCAUCUAUACUAUACAUGCAUUGUUUUUAUAUAUAAUUAUUAAUAAUGGAAACAUUUAUCUUUGAAUCGUUA